GAGGCACACACCCUUGGAAGACGUUUAUUUCCCCUCAAAAUUCUAUCUUUAUAGUUAUAUAACUCAAAAACAAGCUUAGAUAUGAGGAUUCAUUUCUGCUACAGAACACCUCCCUUGGUACAACCCAAAAGACCAGUGUUUACUUUUCAUUAAAGAAUGGAGCCUGCUUGAUAUACCAGCAGGUGAAGCACCAAAGGAGGGUUUAUCUUUAUUCUUCUUAGCAUUGAGAGUCUGCUCUUGGAACCAUCAGGCACCAUGGGGAAGCGGGAUAAUCGAGUGGCCUAUAUGAAUCCUAUAGCAAUGGCCAGAUGGAGGGGCUCAACUCAAUCUACAGGCCCAACAAUACAAGAUUAUCUGAAUCGACCAAGGCCCACCUGGGAAGAAGUGAAGAAACAAUUAGAAAAUAAAAAGAAAGGCUCCAAGGCAUUAGCUGAAUUUGAAGAAAAAAUGAAUGAGAAUUGGAAAAAAGAAUUAGAAAAAAGUAGAGAGAAAUUAUUGAGUGGAAAUGAGAGCUCUUCUAAAAAAAAAGAAAAAAAGAAAAAGAAAAAGAAGAAAUCUUGUCAGUCUUCAUCUUCUUCUUCAUCAAGCUCUGAUUCUUCAAGCAGUUCAGAUUCUGAGGAUGAGGAAAAGAAACAAGGAAAAAAGAGAAAGAAAAAGAAGAACCAUUCAUACAAAUCAUCAGAAAGCUCUACAUAUGAAUCUGAAUCAGAGAGCAAGGAAUCUGUGAAAAAGAAAAAGAAGUCAACGGAUGAAACAGAGAAAGAAAAGUAUAUUAGAAGUCUCAGCAAAAAAAGAAAGAAGACUUAUCCUGAAGAUAAACCCUCAUCAUCAGAGUACUCAUCAGAAUCAGAUUAUGAAGAGGAAGUGCAAACAAAAAAGAAGAGAAGACAUGAAGAGCGAGAAAAAGCAAAGAAGAAGAAGAAGAAACAGCACAAGAAACAUAGUAAGAAGAAGAAAAAGAAGUCAGGUUCAAGUCACAAGUCAGGAUAACAAGAAAAAAAUUAAGAUUUUCCUAUUUAAAAAAGCAAGGAUUUAAGGAAAUUUCAACUGUGAAUGUUAGGGCAUAUUUACCAAAAUGCAUGAAUUUCCUUGUGUUUGUAGAAUAUUCCUGGACUGAGUGCCAGUCAUAUGCCACUGUGCCAGAAAGGGCCAUAAUCAUUGCCUGCAGCAUAAAUAUAUAAUUUUGUUUGUAUGUUUUCCCUUCCAGGGUUAAUUCUUCUGAGAGCUAAAACCCUGUUGUUCAUACUAGUGGUUAAAACAUUUGGAUUUUGAAUUAAAAUGUUUUAGAUAAUAAUUUUGACCCCCCAAAUGUAUCUAAUUUAAAAGUAUCUAAUUUGGAUAUAUCUUUAAAAUAUAAUCAGAAAUAUCUAGACAACUAUAGUUGACAUUUUUGAAGCAUGGACUUAAUGAUGUCUCAGAAUCCUUACUUUUGAAAAUUAUUUAACUUCUUAAUAAAUUUUAGUUUACAUGGGGAAAGGGCUUGUGGGGGAAAAAAGAGUUUGCUAUCACUUUGGCUAGCUGAAUAGUGUGCCUUUGAUCUUUACACAUCCUAUUUUUGCCAGUGCAGCGGCCAUUCUUUUCUUAUUUAGUGAAAUUCUGGGAUGUUGUAUGCUGCUUCAAGUGAACAAGAAGACAGAAAGUAUAAGCCCCCAGUUCUGUGAAAUUUACCUCCACUUUAGCAGUACUGAAUAAUGUUUAGCAUUAGAGUGUUACAUUAUUUGAAUUAACUUUGAUACCCUUUGGAGGGGAAUCAUUUUAAAUAAACCCUGGUAUUUUUUGAUUAAUAAAGAUUCUGAAAUAUUUUGCAUAUUUUAUACUAUUAAUUUUUGAUUAUCCAGGGAUAUUCUAUA